ACAAUAUAAUAAACGGAAGCGAAUUUGCCCACUUCCAUGGCGUGUUACAACUAAGAAAUAAAAAGCCCCCUCAUUCAACUUUCAUAUUUAUCACAAAGAUCCUUCCCCUGAAUUUUCAUAACCAUUCCCAGACACAAUUUUUUGUUCUCUCAAAGAUGACCGGAGAACACACUAUAUCUCCUGCUUCUGAUGAUGCCCUCAAGGCACCACUUCUUCCUCUUCACGAGCCAACAACCCAAGGAACAAACAGAACCCAUUUCACCAUCAAAUCCAUUCUAACACUGAAAAGUUUGUACAUCAUUCUAGGACCUUUGUUGUCCAUUAUUAUCUGCCUCCUCGUGAAGUUUGAUGAUGCUCCAGCUAGCAGCCAAAAAAUGCUUGCUGUGAUUGCUUGGGUUUUCGCUUGGUGGGUCACCCAAGCCGUGCCACUUCCUGUCACCUCCAUGUGUCCCCUGUUUCUUUUCCCUCUCUUUGGGAUUGGUUCUUCUGACAGUGUAGCUCACUCUUACAUGGACGAUGUUAUCACGCUGGUUUUGGGAAGUUUCAUACUUGCCCUCGCCGUGGAACGUUACAACGUUCACAGAAGACUCGCCUUGAAUGUAACAUUGUUGUUUUGUGGCGAUCCUCUGAAUCCAGCGAUGCUGCUGCUAGGUUUGUGUGCCACGACAUUCUUUGUCAGCAUGUGGUUGCACAACGUGGCAGCAGCGGUGAUGAUGAUGCCGGUGGCUACGGGGAUCCUACACGGGCUGCCACCGCCGCACGAGCAAUCGGAGUUGGUAAACAAGUUCAGUAGGGCGGUGGUUCUGACGGUGGUGUUUGCUACGCCGAUUGGAGGGAUAAGCACUCUAACGGGGACAGGUGUGAACUUGAUAUUGAUUGGGAUGUGGAAGAGUCUUGUCCCUGAGGCAAAACCAAUCAGCUUCAACACGUGGUUCUUCUUUGGUUUCCCUGUGGCUGUUCUCAUCCUCAUAUGCUUUUGGUGUAUCAUUUGCUUGCUCUAUGUCCGAAAGGGUUCGGGUCAAGCUUUGUCUGGUUAUUUGGAUAAAGCCCACUUGAAGAGGGACCUCGAAGCUCUAGGUCCCAUGGCUUUUGCUGAGAAGAUGGUGUUGUCUGUGUUUGGUUUGCUAAUCAUACUAUGGAUGACAAGAAGAAUCACAGAUGAAAUUCCUGGAUGGGGAGCUUUAUUCCAUGGGCUUGUUGGUGAUGGAAGUGUCAGUGUAUUGGCGGCUGUCUUAUUGUUCAUAAUCCCAAACAUGAAGCAAGAGGGGGAGAAGCUAAUGAACUGGAAUGAAUGCAAGAAGUUACCAUGGAACCUCAUUUUGCUUCUAGGAGCUGGGUUUGCCUUGGCUGAUGGAGUGCAAUCUAGUGGUCUAGCAGAUGUUCUGUCCAAAGCCUUAGAUUUCUUGGAAAAUGCUCCAUACUUGGUCAUUGUUCCUGCUGUAAGUCUAAUAUGUAGCAUUAUUACUGAGUUCAUCACCUCCAAUGAUGCCACUGCUACACUUCUUGUCCCACUUUUGUACCACAUAGCCAAGACUAUGCAUUUGCAUCCCCUUCUUCUUAUGGUCCCUGGAGCAAUAGCAACUGAGUUUGCUUUCUGGCUUCCAUCUUCAACACCAUCAAAUGUAGUUGGAUUUGCCACUGGACACAUUGAAAUUCAAGACAUGCUCAAAGUUGGUGUGCCACUUAAGGUUGCUGGGAUUGUUGUGCUGUCUUUUCUGAUGCCAACACUAGGAACUAUAGUUUUUGGAACAAAUGACAAUACUCAAUGGCUGACAAAGGCAAACUAUCGUUGGUUACGAAAUUGAUUUCUUCCCCAAAUUCAACUUUGCUAUAUAAAUUUUGGGUGGGUCUGUUAUUAUUCACAGAAUCUUCUUUAUCCUGGAGAUGAACGACAUUAUAAAUGUGCAAGGGCCUUAUGUUAUAUUUGGGCAACUAUACCCUGUACAGAUAUUAAUAGGCAAAGAAGGGAGAAAAAGAUAUACAUCUUUGUUUAUUGAUUUUAUUUUGUAUUUUUGUCCUCUCGAAGAAAAGAUUUUAUCAAUUUCUGUUGUAAGCUUUUCUUCGACCAAUUAAUGACUGAAGAUUUAUUU